GUCAAAAACCAGAUUUUCCUGAUGAAAAGUUUUGAUCAGAAAAUGUCCAGCCAGCCCUCAUUACUUUUGUGGCAGUUCCCUCUAGACAAAGAGGAAAAGGAAGGGUCUCAUUUCAUUCUGUAGUGCCCCUAGUGGCCAAAGGACAAUGUUGGUGGGCUCCUACGGGGAGCCCCAUGUGUUCUGAGCCAGAAGGGAUGGUGAUUGGGGUGGGGAAAAGGCAUAAGAGGGACUCUGAGGGGGAUGAAGAAAAAACAUCCAAAGGGGAAGAGGACUUUGGAGUCCUGCAAUAAAACAAGGCAGAGAGACAGGGAGGAGCUAAGCAUAACAGGCAGGGCAGGAUUCAAAGUCUGAUGCUAUUAAAAUCCCUUUUGCAUGAGCCUGUGAGAAUUUCCCGAUGACUCUGGGAGUUGCCCACAGCUGGAAGGAGGACAGUAGCUGCAGCGAAAACAGACAUCUUCGCCAUCAUGGCAGCACCAGGAAGCAUGGCCGAUGGGGUGCUUGUGUUCAUGCCCCCAAACAGCGCUGGUGUCAUCCACCAAGGCCAGGGGGGAUCUAGUGCCAUUUCCCAGACUCCUGGGAUGGUGCAAUGUGGGCCUCAGCAGUUCACAGUCAUGAACCCUGGGAACCAACCUCUUGGGUCAACGUACCCCAGGUGUCCCGCUGAACAGAUCGCACAGCUAAGAAACGUAGGGAUGAUGGAGAUAUUCCUCAAAGCACAGCCCAAGACCCUAGGGGCCAUCCAGAUCUUGAUUGGGCUGAUACACAUCGGCUUUGGAGGUGUCUCUACAAUUUUCAUUAAAUACAUUGCUGUCUCUGGCAUCGUGGGGUACCCGUUCUGCGAAGGAAUUUUUUUCAUCAUUUCUGGAUCCCUCUCGGUUGUAGCUGAGAAUCGUGGCAACAUCUGUCUGGUGAAAAGCAGCCGGGGAAUGAACAACACUAGUGCCAUCUUCUCAUCCAUUGGGAUAAUUCUCUUCCUAACGGAGCUGAUUUUGAAUACGUCACAUGACCACAAGGAUGAGGAAUAUCGUUGGUUGAGUGCUGGGAAGGGGAUCACGGGCAUGCUGCUCUUGUUGUCCAUCCUGGAGUUCUCCAUUGCUGUCUCAACCUCAUACUUUGCAUCCCAAGCCAUCCGCUAUACCCCCAACACCGUGAGUCUUCCAGCUCUCAAACGGGAUGUGAAUCAGAGCAUGUGUUGA